GGACUAGGCUUGCACCGGGCCAGGCAAGAUGGCGGCCAUGGAGGCCGAGACGGUGCCUAUGACCCUGGAGUCGCUGCCCACCGAUCCCCUGCUCCUCAUCUUAUCCUUCUUGGACUACCGGGACCUAAUCAAUUGUUGCUAUGUCAGUCGAAGACUUAGCCAGCUAUCAAGUCAUGAUCCACUGUGGAGAAGACAUUGCAAAAAAUACUGGCUGAUAUCUGAGGAAGAGAAAACACGGAAGAAUCAGUGUUGGAAAUCUCUCUUCAUAGAUACUUACUCAGAUGUAGGAAGAUACAUUGAUCAUUAUGCUGCUAUUAAAAAGGCCUGGGAUGAUCUCAAGAAAUAUUUGGAGCCCAGGUGUCCUCGGAUGGUCUUAUCUCUGAAAGAGGGAGCUCGUGAAGAAGACCUAGAUGCUGUGGAAGCACAGAUUGGUUGCAAGCUUCCUGAUGACUAUCGGUGCUCAUACCGAAUCCACAAUGGGCAGAAGUUAGUGGUUCCUGGGUUGUUGGGAAGUAUGGCGCUGUCUAAUCACUAUCGUUCUGAAGAUUUGUUAGAUGUUGAUACGGCUGCCGGAGGAUUCCAGCAGAGACAGGGGCUGAAAUACUGUCUCCCUUUAACUUUUUGCAUACAUACUGGUUUGAGUCAGUACAUAGCAGUGGAAGCUGCGGAGGGCCGAAACAAAAAUGAAGUUUUCUACCAAUGUCCAGACCAAAUGGCUCGGAACCCAGCUGCUAUUGACAUGUUUAUCAUAGGUGCUACUUUUACUGACUGGUUUACCUCUUAUGUCAACAAUGUUGUAUCAGGUGGCUUCCCCAUCAUCAGAGACCAAAUUUUCAGAUAUGUUCACGAUCCAGAGUGCGUGGCAACAACUGGGGAUAUAACAGUGUCAGUUUCCACAUCAUUUCUGCCAGAACUCAGCUCUGUCCACCCACCCCACUAUUUCUUUACAUAUCGCAUCAGGAUUGAAAUGUCAAAGGAUGCACUUCCUGAGAAAGCAUGCCAGUUGGACAGUCGCUAUUGGAGAAUAACAAAUGCCAAGGGUGAUGUAGAAGAAGUUCAAGGACCUGGAGUAGUUGGUGAAUUCCCUAUCAUCAGCCCAGGUCGGGUAUAUGAGUACACCAGCUGUACCACAUUCUCUACGACAUCAGGAUAUAUGGAAGGAUAUUAUACCUUCCAUUUUCUUUACUUUAAAGACAAGAUCUUUAAUGUUGCCAUUCCCCGAUUCCAUAUGGCAUGUCCGACAUUCAGGGUGUCAAUAGCCCGACUGGAAAUGGGUCCUGAUGAAUAUGAAGAGAUGGAAGAAGAAGAGGAGGAGGAAGAAGAAGAUGAUGAUGAGUCAGCCGACAUGGACGAAUCAGAUGAAGACGAAGAGGAGGAGAGGAGGAGGAGAGUCUUUGACGUUCCCAUUCGCAGGCGCCGCUGCUCCCGUCUUUUUUAGCCCGCCUUCUGCUGGCGGAAGCACUGGAUGACUCUAGUCUGUUAAAUAGAAUUCUCAAUAAUGUAAAAUAACUAAAUUGUGCUUGGCAUAUAGCAGGAAACUAGCAUGAAAUAUUGUUCCAGGCCCUGGGUCCUGGGCAACACUACAUUAGGAAUUGGAUUGUUUUGGUUUGCUUUGUGGUUUUGAGGUAGAAAAGGAAUUGGGAAUUUUCUUUUCCAGGAGUCAGUAAAGGAACAGGCAGUUCCCAUUUCUAGCUAAGGAACAGAUAGUUCUCUGUUUUAAAAUAUUUUCUACUUACAAAAAAUAUAGAAAUGGAGAGGGAAUUGUUUUGAAAUAAGGAUUUAAAAUGUAGCAGAAAUACCUACUCAAGGAUAGAGAGAAACUAUGUGACUGAAUGAUUCUGUGAAAAGACUUCUUACAGUUGUGAAAUAUUUAGAAAUGAAAAAAAAAAUUGUAAUUAGACUAAUUCAUUUAGUGAUUCCUAAUAUUUUGUACUCACGGGGAACUAAUUGACUAAAUAACUUGAAUGCUAAUGGUUUGUCCUUUCUUAGACAAUCUGUCCUUGAAUUUAAAGUCUUUGUCACUAAGACCUUGAAUUUAAAGGUUUCAUAAUUACAACCUUGAAUUUAAAGUCCUCAACAUGAUGACUUUGAAUUUAAGUUAAAGUCCUCACACUCUGAUGUUUAUCUUAUUAUUUACAAAGGUAUCACUUGGAAAUGUAGUGUGUGAAAGUAUGUAGUGUGUUAUUACCACAAGUUUCUUCACAAUGUCUCAUGUUGUCUAAAUUUGUAAAUACUGCUUCUGUUUAGUUUCUCAUUUAUACACUUGACCGUCUAACUUUGUGAUAAGUGACAUGAAUUUUAUGUUAGGAUUAAGGAUGUUUUCCUGAAACAUGGAUUUUUUUUUUUUUUUGUAAUUAUAUAAUUGAGAGUUUGGAAUGAAAUCCUUAAGUGUCAAAAACUCAUCUUUUAAAAACAAAGUUUGGUUGCAAUCCUGUAUUUUGUGUAAUUGCCUAUUUCCCAUAAGUUAAAGUUAAUAAGCCUUUACUCUUAAGAUGGAAGGUGGCAUUGACACUCAUUGGCCUGCAGCCAGAGUAUAGCAGAGUCUCUCCUAGCUUUGUGUCCUCUUGUGCUCCACCUUCCAUUUUCCCCAGGAAGGGUUCUUUUGUAAAGAAAGUAGUAGAAAGAGAGAGUAGUGUUCAGGCUAAGCAGCUGUAAUCAGGGACCAUGAAGAAAAACUUCCCCUUCCCUGUUGACUCAUGACAAAACAUAAAAUACAGCCAGUAAUUUGUCCUGCUUAUUUUUCACAUAUAUAGUCAUACACUGCGCAAUGAUGUUUCAGUCAACAACAAACCACAUAUACAAUGGUCUGCAGCCUCAUACAUCUUGUGUUUACCACAUCUCUUGAAUACAGCGUUCUCUCUCGUGCUUGAUUUAAUCUCAUGUUGUUUUGUUCACCAUGGCCUCUAAGCAAACAGAAUCCACUAGUACUGCCAAUAAGAGGCUAUCUAUGUCAAGUGAUGGACCUGCAAAUGAAGUUAUUGAGGACUAUGGAGGUGGGAAAUCAGUAAUGGUUAUUGCUCACCAGUCAGCCAUCCCACCAUAGCUACCAUCUUGAAGAACAAGAACAAAGUGAUGGAAGCUGUUCAAGGAUCUGCUUCACUGAAGCCAACAAGACUAGCAAAAAUUCAAGACAGGUUUCUAUUUGGUAUAGAGAAACUUCUAAUGGCCUGGAUUGAAGACCAGGGAGAGAAGUUCAUCAUGAUUGCCAGGGUCCUUCCCCAGCAGGGUUCAGGGAGUCCUGAAGGAUGAGUGGUGUCAGCGCAAAGGAUGAGACAAGGAGUCGUUCCUUUGGAGCAAUCUCCAGAGAGAGCUCUCAUGCAGCUUUCUCCGGGUCAUCUUUUAUUACAAUUUUUCUCAUCAUUAUGGAUUCAGAAUACAUCAUUGAUUUUACAGUUUCCAGAUUUUUCCCAAGAUGUGACAUUUCCUUAACAAUCAUCAUGGGUAUAGAAAAAUGUGUCAUCAGUUUACAUUUUUCCAGGAUAUGACAUUUGCUUAUCAAUUUUAUGGGUACAAAAUCAAUAAAAUGUGUCACUAAUUUGCAUUUUUCA